CCAUAACAGCAUGGGAGUAAGUGGGCUGUAAGCAUGCAUUUUGAAGUGCAGAAAAGUGUAUAUGAGCUGUGAGAUCAACAGUGCCACAUAACUCAACCAAAUAAGAGAGGAGAAAAGAAGAACAAGCAAAAAGGAAAAUGAUGGCAGCAACCGACAACAAAAAAAGCUUGACAAUGAUAGAGGUGAUGGAGGAACUGAAGAAUGUUUUUGACAUUGGAUUUCCGAUAUUGGUUAUGGGCAUAUUAAAUUACCUGAAAAACAUGAUUUCAGUAGCAUGCAUAGGAAGGCUAGGAAGCUUGGAGCUGGCAGGAGGUGCUCUAGCCAUCGGCUUCACCAACAUUACAGGUUACUCUGUGCUUUAUGGCCUUGCCAUUGGAAUGGAACCACUCUGCAGCCAAGCUUUUGGAUCCAAGAACUUAACCAUGGUGUCUCUCACCCUUCAAAAAACAAUAAUUCUGUUGCUUUUUGCAUCAAUACCCAUUGGGAUUCUUUGGAUAUAUCUUGGGCCUCUCUUAUUAUGGCUCAAUCAAGAACCAGAAGUAGUACAUAUUGCUAGCCUUUACUGCCACUCUGCAAUUCCUGAUCUUAUAGUCAACAGCCUACUUUAUCCUCUACGUAUCUACAUACGCAGCAAAGGGAAAACAUGGCCAUUGCUAUGGUGCACUCUGGUUGCAACACUACUACAUUUUCCAAUCGCCAUCUUCUUUACUUUCUAUCAACAUCUUGGCAUCCAGGGGAUAGCAAUUUCCACAUUUGUUGCCAAUCUUAACUUCUUGCUACUUCUUUUAGGCUAUAUAAAAUGUUCUCAUGAAGAGAAGAUUCAUUGGUUUAAAUCCUCAGCAAAACCUUCAAACAAGCCAGGCUUUAUCUCACUUUGGAAGGAAUGGGGAAUGCUACUUCAACUAACAAUCCCUACUUGCCUGGGUGUUUGUUUGGAAUGGUGGUGGUACGAGUUGAUGACACUUCUAUCUGGUUACCUCUACAAACCCCAUGUUGCACUUGCAACAUCAGCUAUCGUAAUACAAACCACAUCUCUUAUGUACACAUUGCCUUCAGCACUUAGUGCAGCUAUUUCUACUAGAGUGGGCAACGAACUUGGAGCAGGCAGGCCAAACAAGGCACGCUUAGCAACUGUAGUAGCCAUAGCAUUGGCAUUUCUCUCAUCAGUAUUUGGAUUUCUACUGACAACAUUAGGAAGAGAAGCAUGGGGCAGGGUCUUCACCAAUGACAAUGAAGUUCUUGAGCUGACAGUGGCAGUGCUGCCUAUUAUUGGACUUUGUGAGCUGGCCAAUUGUCCACAAACCACUUGUUGCGGGGCUCUCCGAGGAAGUGCUAGGCCUAGCAUUGGUGCAGCUAUAAACUUUUGUUCAUUCUACAUGAUGGGAGCACCUGUGGCAGUAGCUCUGGCUUUUUUCUGGAAUAUGGGGUUCAUGGGCCUUUGUUAUGGGCUUUUAGCAGCUCAGGUCGUAUGCGUAUUAUCCAUUUUAUCAGUAAUUGAUAGAACAGAUUGGGAGAAUGAAGCACUGCGGGCGAAUGACUUGGUUGGUGUAAGCAAUGAAUAUGUGCAAGCAGAUUUAUUAUUAAAAUGUGAGGAAGAAGUAAUUGCCUUAUAAAAAAUUUGACUAGUCCAAAUGCAUAAAAUAUAGCCAGGUAAGAUGUGAGUGGUAGAGAAACAAUGAUGUAAGUAUUUUUCAUUCUAUCAUUAAUCUUAGAAGUAUAAAGUGGUACCAUUUCUUUGUAUGCAAGGUGUACCGUUAAAAACAAUAUAAGCUGUUAUUUGGUUAA